UGAUAAUCAUAUUCUAUUAUAACAGGUUUGGAGGCAAGCCAUUCCUAUCAUAAUUGAAUAUGGUGUAAGAAGUGUUGUUUACAUUUUUAACAUAGAGAGUAUAAAAGGCUGAAAAACAGAGUCCUCCUCUCUCAGGAAGACCAAAUCUGCUGGGGAAAAGAGAUCCAGCUUAGCCAGCUUGAGGUAGACCAAGAGCGAUUAAAAAAAAAAGGAUAAAAAAAAAAUGGAGGAAGUUGGAAAAUGGUUGCUGGCUUUGUUCCUGACUGGAGUAAUGUUAUAUUUCCUGAAACAACUGUGGUCCCGCAGAAAUUAUCCUCCUGGGCCAUUUCCACUUCCUUUCAUUGGAGUCGCAUGGCAGACGGGAAUCCGAGUAACUCCGACACUCUUAAUCAAGCUGGCUAAGCAAUAUGGAAACAUCUACACAAUAUGGUCGGGACACAUGGCGAUAGUGAUCUUCUCUGGAUUCCAGGCAGUCAAAGAAGCCCUCAUUCAAACUGAAGACUUUGCUGAGCGACAAAUGACUCCUUUUUUCAAAGAGGCCUUUAAAAACAAGGGUAUUAUAUUUUCAAAUGGUCAAAACUGGAAGCAACAAAGACGGUUUGGUCUAAUUACUAUGCGAAAACUUGGGCUAGGGAAGAAAGGCAUGGAGAAUCGAAUAGAAGAAGAGGCUCAUCGCUUGGUUAAAAUCUUUGCGCGUGCAAAAGAACAGCCACUAGAUCCUUCGUUGCCUGUCACUACUGCAAUCUCCAAUUUGAUAUGCAUUAUGGUUUUUGGAUAUAGAUUCUCUGCCAAAGAUGAAAAAUUCCAGAAAAUGUUAAUAAACUUGAAUUACUAUAUGAAAUUCGGAGGCAGUUUUGUUUACCUGCUGUAUGAGUUGUUUCCAUGGGUGAUGAAAUACCUUCCAGGACACCAUCAGAGAGUAUUCCGUGCUUUAAACGAUGUCACCUCCUUUGCCAAGGAAGAGGUAGAGAAGCACAGGGAACUCCAAUCACUGCAUGACCCACAGGACUUCAUUGAUUACUACCUUCUGCAGAUGGAGAAAACCAAAGGUGACCCUGAGUCUGCUUAUGAUGAAGAGAACCUAGCUCAGUGCAUUGUUGAUUUUUUUAUCGCAGGCACAGAAACCACCGCCACCACCUUACAAUGGGCAUUGCUACUCAUGGUGGCUUACCCGGAGAUCCAAGAGAAAGUCCGCAAGGAAAUAGAAGAUACGUUUGAUCCCACCCAUUCAAUCUGCUAUCAAGAUCGGGUGAAACUCCCGUAUACCUGUGCUGUGAUUCAUGAGGUUCUCCGUUUGAAAUAUGUGUUAAUUGUUGGCGUUCCCAGGCAAAGUGCCAGAGACGUGAAUCUCUAUGGAUAUCACAUUCCAAAGGGGACUUUGGUUGUUACAGAUCUGAACUCAGUCCUUUAUGAUCCCAAGAGAUGGGAGACGCCUGAAAAAUUCAACCCGCACCAUUUUUUGGACAAGGAUGGGCAUUUUAUAUCAAGGGAAGAAUUUUUGCCAUUUGGAGCAGGGCCUCGAGUGUGCCUCGGUGAGCAAAUGGCUAGGAUGGAGCUCUUCCUUUUCGUGACCAUCCUUCUGAGGUCUUUUAAGUUUCAGCUGCCAGAAGGAGUCAAAGAACUCAGUCUGGAGCCCAUGGUGGGAUUAUCGCUGCACCCUCGUCCUUACAAACUUUGUGCUGUUCCUCACUGUAGGACCCCAUAAAAUCAAGAUGAUUGCUGCAAAUCUUGCUUCUAGGUUUUUACCUUUAGACUGAAAUUCUAUCCUGAGCACAUUGCUUGGAUUCGCUUGUCCUAGAGGUUUCUUAGAACAUUAAGAAAUAAUUGCUAUUACUUUUUUUUAAAAAUUUGAAUUUAUAUCCCGCCCUUCUCCGAAGACUCAGGGCGGCUUACAUUGUGUUAAGCAAUAGUCUUCAUCCAUUUGUAUAUUAUAUACAAAGUCAACUUAUUGCCCCCAACAAUCUGGGUCCUCAUUUUACCUACCUUAUAAAGGAUGGAAGGCUGAGUCAACCUUGGGCCUGGUGGGACUUGAAUUUGCAGUAAUUGCAAGCAGCUGUAUUAAUAACAGACUGCUUUAGUCUGUUGAGCCACCAGAGGCCCCAGUAAGAGGUAAGAGGUUACUUACCAUUUGUUUUUAUUUUCAUGCAGUUCUUUCUCCAGAAAGAGAUGAGAGUGGCUUAUAAAACAUGGUAGUACAAUCGGCUGUAAAAACCAUUGCAGUUAAACUGUAAAUAUAUUAGUGCAAAACUGUACAGAAUGAACAAAACAAGGAACAGAACAAUGGCAUUUCUGUGAUUUAGUAAAAGGGCCAUUAGUCCUACUACUGGGCCAUUGUUGCUCUGCUAGCGCACAGGUGAAAACGAUGUUUUUAAUCAUGUUUAAAACAAGAUACCGCUAGACAUCUGUGAGUUUUGCCUCAUUUUUCGACCUUUCCUGCCACGGUUGUUAAGUGAAUUUCUGCAGUUGUUAAGUCAGUAAAAUGGUUGCAAAGCAAAUCUGGUUUCCCCAUUGACUUUGCUUGUCAGAAGGUUGCAAAAGGGGAUCACAUGACUUGGAGAACAGCGGUGUUAUUCAGCUGGUUAUAUCCGGUUCGGGCGAACCAGUAGCGGUGGCUGCGGGUGGCUUCGUCCACUCACGCGGACAUAAUCACUUCCCAUUUAUCCACGUUUUUGAUGAUCUGCGCAUGCACAUUUGCGAACCCGGUAGCCAAGGUGAGUGAAUACCACCCCUGCCAGAGACACUGCAAAUGUCAUAAAUUAUAAACCAGUCGCCAAGCGUCCAAAUUCUGAUCACGUGACCAUGAGGAUGCUGCAACGGUUGUAAGUGUGAAAAACGGACAUCCGUCACUUUUUUCCAGUGCCGUUGCAGCUUCAAAUGGUCAUUAAAUGAACGGUUGUUAAAUCGAAGAUUAGCUGUAUGCCUGCCUUCAUCCAGAAGAGAAAUCCAUAACCGUGGCUCGGUGAUUAAUAAAGACCUUCUCUUGACCCUAUGCUGCAAAGGACACUCAUUGAUGGACUAUGAACACGGUUUCCUUGGUUCUUCUUAGUACAUGAGUUGGUGGAACUGGAGAGGCAGAUAUUUAACACCCAACUGGUGCCUGACACAGUAAUGAAGUCUUGUGUUCUGACAAAAGUGGAAGAUUAAAAUCAGGGAGCUGUGCUCCACCGAACAUGGGUAAGGUGUUAUGCAGAAAAGCUCAUUCAGCAACAUUCCUCUCUCUUUCAUAAAGUUGGAGGAAAGAGGACAUUUGGUACAGUCCUCUUCUCAAGACAGGUUUGACUGGACCAUCUCUGAUAGAUGAUAUCCAGCCUCUACUUGAAGAACAUCUAGUGAGGUAGAAUUUGCCACUUUAUGCGGCGGCCUCUCCCACUGGCUGGCAUCUCAAACCAUCCGUAAAUUUAUCCCUGGUGUAUUUCUUUAACCAAUGUAUAUGGCUGCCCAGCUCAACAAGUGAUUCUGGGCAGUGAACAAUAUUAAUAAAACAAUAAUGAAUAAAACAAUAACUAAAAUUAAAGCGUGAGGAAAAAGCUGAGAAAUACAACUGCCAUUAAUGAAGUUGGAUGUUUGUUCUCCGAACUUGUGGGUUGGUUUCAGGGGUGAAAUGCUCCCGGAUCGGAUGGGAUCGCGCGAGCCGAUAGCAAUGGCGGCUGCUGGUUUGGAGGACCGGU